GGUAGGUCAAAUAUGAUGGUGGAAGCUUUUAGCUGGACUGAGGGGGGUUAGGUAAAUAUGACUCGGCGCUUGCAGAGAAAGGCCUUUUGGAGCAGCUCUGAAUGGCUCCGGGCUCCAGGCCCCGGACCGCUAGCCGCAAGCCGCAUGCUGCAAGCCACGGGCCGUUGAAUAACCUUAGGCACCCAGGAAAGAGGUAACAGAGAGGGCCUUGUGGCGGGGCCUUCGCAGGCCUUCGCACAGUUGACACAGUUGUCCAACUCACAACGGGCGCGACGCAACCAAGCAUUUCUACCACACAAAGCGCUCGCCGCACCUGAGCAGAUGCAACGCGCGCUUUGCCUCGCAUCCUAGCCCCUGUGAAAGGCACCCACUCCCCUUUGGAAACCGCUAUGACAAGGUGCUGGACCUCCAGAAUGGCCUUGAAGUCCCCCAUGGCGAGUUCCGUGGUGCGCCAUUAUGGAUGCUGGCCACACUUAGCCCGUCCAUCACGUCUCAACCUGCCGGCCCGGUCUUUCGGAGCUCAUCCCGUCCGGCAAAUCAAGUCAACCACAACGGAGACGGGGCGACAGUCGUCGUGCUGCAACAAGAAGCAACAGGACCAGGUCAUUCCUCCCGGUGUAUUAUCCCGCGAAUUCUGGACUUCACGGACGACCUGGCGUCGCUCAAGCGUCAAUACAUUGCGGUGCCUUGUGGGUUGCACCCUUGGCGACUUUUCGGCAAUGUGGUACCUCCAAGCUUUCCAUCCUCAGAUGGGAGUAGAGACUGUGAUGGCAAUCUCUAUGGCUUGCGGACUUUCCACGUCCCUUUUACUGGAGACUGUCCUCCUCAGGUUGGGUCGUGAUCGCUUGCCCUGGCUGGUCGCCGCCAAGACUGCGGCGGGGAUGAGCAUGAUAUCCAUGAUCACGAUGGAAGCAGCCGAGAAUGCUGUAGACUAUCACAUGACAGGGGGAAACAUCCAGCUCGAUGACCCUGCGUUCUGGCUGGCUGCGCUGUUAUCCAUGGCUGCUGGCUAUCUUACACCUCUUCCUUACAAUUAUCACAGGCUGAGAAAGUUCGGCAAGGCAUGUCAUUAGCACGGACUACAUUACAUGGAUUUCGUGCGCUCGCUGCAUUUCACCUAGGUACUACUUGCUACCGUGAAUGCACUGUCACAAAACAGCUGGUCCUGUAAUCUAUCGGUUCUAGAAAUAGCUCACUACCGUAAGGAUUGAACCUGAGGAACAAAUAGGUUCAGACAGAAGAAAAGACCUGUCAAU